AUGCCUCUCGAACCAUAUCAAUACCAGCCGGCUGGAUCCAAGGCUUCUACUCCUUCCCCCACUAUCCGCCAGAGCGGCGGUCAUGGCCGCUGUCCUUCUGCUUCUUCCAUUUGGUCUUCACCAGAAUCCGUGGACACUCGCGCCACUACCCCCAGCAUCUCACCUGCAAAAUAUGUAGGAGGCCGCGACAUUCUACCGAGAAUUCGUGACUGUGAUCAGGGCUUAGAGACUGAAUUCUCGACUGCAUCAUACCGGAGGGCACAGUCGCAGGAGUGUGACCCAUCUUUCUCUGUUCCGUCGUCGCGACCUGGUUAUCAGCGUAGUACCACCUGCCCGCCUGAGUACGGAUACGUUCCUACGCCAACCUCUAUCACUACACAGGACUCGUGGUGCUUUUCGGCGCUUGACUCACCUGUCGAUUUCCAGCCAUCUCUUCAACGAAGCGGCACAGGUCAUGUACGCGCAAUCUCAACCUCGGCUAUUAAUCCAUCCCAGCUUCGCCGCCAUGCCUUUCCAUACCGCAACGCCCCUGUCUAUAAAUCUCAGGAGCAGCCGACGCAGUACCUUGCCCCGCAAGCCCUACAAUCGUUGGAUUUCUUCUCUGAUAACCCUUUCGAAGCUCCGAUGUCAGACUACGCUUACUAUGACGCGCAAUAUCCAUGCGAUCGUCAGCUCACACCUGAGUUUAUCGUGAAUACCGGCGUUGAACCUGCCACGACUCUGAUGACCUACUUUACCGAGAGGAAUCCGCACAUUCGUCUUGUACCUCAAAACAAUUGUAAGCCAGCCUGUGACGGCGAGACCAAGCAUUACUGGGGCUGGUGGGACGUCCGCCAAUUGCGCAAAUGGGAAGAUUUCAACAUGGAGACUAUCAUGGGAAUUACUUCAUUCCCUGAUCUUCUCAACAUCGAUGUCAACGCUUCCAGUCUGAAGACUCCCGCUCCUGAAUCGUACUCAGACCGACCCCAUAGCGUGCAAGCCCUUCACGACAUCAUAAAGAACUAUCACGCGUACAAAGUCAAUGACGCUUUGAAAACCUCUGCAAGAGAUCGUCCAGCCAUCAUCACCUCCCGUCACGACUCGCGCAAUGGGCCGUACUUCCUCGGCAGCGUCUCCAACUCCGCCGAUAUCUCGUCGCGCAACCGUGCUGUCGGCCUUGUCAAGGCCUAUGAGAACUGGAACACUGGCAUGCGGUCUGGAAACCCUAUCGCCCAAGUCGGCUUCCUGCGCACCCUCGCUCAGUUACAACUCCUUAUGCGCGAGCAAAACUGCCGCUAUGGCUACAUCGCCACAGAAAUUGAACUCGUCUGCGUACGUAUGGGCACCGAGCCUGGAAAGCCCUUCUUCGGCGAGCUGGAGCUCUCGAACCCAAUCCAGAUGAGCACAACCACUGGCUUGACAGCCUGUCUUGCGCUCUGGUACCUCCAUAUGCUCACGGGAGAUGACCCAUUACCAGGUCAAUGCCACUGGAGCGUGCAUAUUGGAGCGCCAGCAGAGCACACGCGCGCAGUGUGUUGUGAGCAGGAGGAGCGCGAUCGCUGGAUUGCGAAACUGAAGGGCCCGCAGCUCUCGGAGUGUAGGUCUGCGAAGAGGCAUCGCGGUUGGGUGUGGCCGAGGGAGGAGUAUAAGCCUAAAAUCGAAGGGGGAAAGCCUAGGGGAAGACGUUGA